UUAUCUUCAAUCUCCCCAACAUGGAGGACAUCGUUUUUGUAUCAUCGUCAUAGAUUUAGAUACAUUAAGAUUAAAGUUCAACGAUUAUACGUAUACCCUUACCCACUACCAAGUUUAAGAACUACCAUAAGGACAUACAAGAUACCCACUAUUACAUUAUAAGCUUGAGAACCAUCAAGAAGAUUAAUCACAAGCUGCUAGAUUUUCAGAGAAACAAGAUGUUGACCAUGAUGAAGAGAAACGGAGCAGGAUUACUGGGAGCAGGUAGAUGGGUUCGCGGUGCUCUCUUUUGCUGCGCUUCUUUGGCCUUUCUCUUUGCCCAGGAAGUGGUUGGUGUGCAGCUUCAAGCUGCGGGACCGGCGACCGGCCAGGUGACGUUGAAGUGCUAUUUUGGCUUGCAGGGCGACGAGAAGAAUGUGGUGCCUGUGACGGUCGAUCUUUCCAAGAUCAAAAAAGUGACUAAUAAACUACAAGAACAUGUAGUACAUUACAAUGACUUCGAGGAUACACCGGGAGAUGCGCCUCCAGAAGAUCUUCUUGCGAAUCAUGCUUCAUCAAGAAGUUCUUCAUCUACGGAUCCUCUUCCAGCGGGGUUUUUGCCAAGAAUACUCGGUCAUGAAACAGUAGGUGGAGACCCUCGUGGUCCAAAGGUAGCGGAACCGGAGAUUCAUCUAAGUCGAGACGACACGGUUGGAGAUCUUGUGAAGCACGUGAUUAAGGAGUUAAAGGCUCCAGGCAACGAAUCAGACUUGGAUUGGGAGGCGAGGUACUUCGAUUUGCAACCGGAACACAUCGAAUUGGUCGUAAAUGCCAGCAAAGUUGCGCUUUCAGAGCAUGAGGAGCUUGGCUCUGCACUCGAGAAAGAACAUGAAGCAGCUGCGGCGGAAGGCAGGAAAGAACUGCAAUGCCAUCUCGUGCCGCAAUCGCCGCUGGAAGGAGGUCGUCCUUAUGGCAAAGCGGACCUGUUGGCGUACCUGCGAAAAACGCCUGUCUUUUUGAAAAAUUGCAGUAACAAGGUUAAAUGUAACAAAGAGAUCGUGCUUGCAACUGUGAAGAAGUUGGGGACUGCGCUGCGCUUCGCUUGUCCGGAGUUGCAAAAUGAGACCGAAGUCGUUUUAGCUGCUAUCGAGCAAAGUGGCGGAACAGCGCUUCAGUACGCGUCACUGCAGAUGCAAAACAACAGAGACAUUGUUCUGGCUGCCAUUGCUGCAUGUAGUAAAGGAGAUCGGGACUCGGACAUCAACAUAGUGGAUUCUAUUGGCGUGGACUUGCUCGACGACAGGGAAGUGGUUCUGGCAGCUUUUAAACAGUGGCCGGAUCGUGCGGAGCCACCAAUGCGUUCUACUCGUCUUCAAAGGUUUUUCGUUUUGGACACGAGUCGGCUCCCCAAGGCCCAACUUCGGGUGGAAGAAAACAUGAGCAACCUAAGGAAUGACCGCGACUUUGUUUCGGCAGCGAUAGAGCUCAAUGGUGAGCACCUUUUCUAUGGGUCCGAAGACCUGCGAAAGGAUCGGAGUCUUGUUCUGCAGGCUGUUCGUAAAAAUGGCCUCGCCCUUAAGUGGGCCUCUCCGGAAAGGCGAGGUGACAAGGAUAUUGUUCUGGCGGCUGUUAAAGAAGAUGGAAAAGCGCUAGAAUUCGCGUCGGAGGACCUCCAAGACGAUCCCGAAGUUGUGGUUGUCGCUAUCGAAAACAGUUCUUCCGGCUAUUCUCUGGAUUUGGGGAACGAUUUGGAGGAUGUGCGGGAAUGGAUUGGAGGCAGAGCUCGGGCUGACAAAAGAGUUGUUUUGACAAUUUUCAAAAGAAGAUGGCCUCGAGACGACCAGACUAUUAACGGGAGCAGUCAAUUAACAAGAGGACGCUUCUCUAAGCCGAAAACGUUGGAAGAAAUGUCCAACAACAAGGAGCUACAAGACGACCGGGAGUUCAUUUUCGACAUGUUGAAGCUCGACCCGACCCAUAUUCGCUAUGCUUCGGAAGAUCUGCAGCGCAAGAACAGAGAUCUCGUUCUGCGCGCCGUAAAGAUGAACGGGAAUGCGCUUAAGUACGCCUGCGACGAAUUGAGAGGCGACCGGGGGAUCGUCAUAGCCGCUGUUGAGGCGGAUCCUGAGGGAUUCCGCUUCGCUUCCGAGGAGCUGCAGAACGACAGGGAAAUUGUGGGCAUUGCUAUCGAAAAGAAGUGGCAAGUCUUUGCAUUUGCCUCGGAGAAAAUGAAAAAGGAAUGCGCUGCUCUGGCGGCAGAAAAGGCUGCCCACGAUGACAAUGCUCUCUUUUACCUGCAAGCGGGCACUGACUCUCCCGGUCGGAAUUGUCCGAUGCAACGACUUCUGGUUGCAGACCGCGACUUUUUUUUGGAGCUCGUGAAGGAGAAGCCAGAGGCCCUUUGGUUCGCCGACGAUUCCCUCAAAAACGAUCCAGAACUUAUUCUAAAGUAUUGCUUUACUAUUGGAGCUCGACGGCGACGAGCUGCUGCUGCUGCUGCUGUAGGAGGGAAAAACGAUCCAGUUCCAGAAAUUGUCUAG